CCACAUUGCUCACCAGUUGGUGCUCAUUGUCUUUUGUUGCAAUUUACACUUUUGCCAAAUCUUUAUUAUGGCAACCGUCGAAACCAUUUACGUGGGCACCAUCAUCCACUCCAUCUCCCAAACCCAACUCGCCUACCUCAAUCCAGGGAUCCUCGGCGUCAACACAGACGGCACCAUCGCCUUUGUCCACACUCUCCCCCCAUCCACCCCUCUCGACACCUUUCUCGCCACCCUCACAUCCAACAACACUCCCACAAUCCGGCAUCUCCCCGCCCACACCCUCCUCCUCCCCGGUUUCAUCGACACACACAUCCAUGCCCCACAGUACCCCUUUUCAGGCACAGGCUACACCCUCCCCCUCCUAACCUGGCUAACAACCUACACAUUCCCCCACGAACGCCGCUUUAGUUCCCUCUCGUACGCUGAAACGAUUUAUAAACGGGUGGUAGCCAAAUCCCUUCGAUGCGGAACAACGACUGCAGCGUGGUAUGGUACGAUCCAUACACCCGCUACGAUCCUUUUAGCGCGUACGUGCGUUGAGAUGGGUCAACGUGCUCUUGUGGGUAAAGUCUGUAUGGAUCGGAAUGGUGGGGACGGCUACGUUGAGAACAGUGCUGAGCAGUCUUGUGAGGAUACAAUCGAGUUUAUUAGGGGUGUACGACAACUUGGGUCGGAACUCGUUCAACCGAUUUUGACACCGCGGUUUGCGGUAUCGUGUACAAAAGAGUUACUUGCCUCCAUCUCGUCGUUAUCGGACUCUGAAAACCUACGAAUACAAACCCACUGUGCGGAAAAUAUUCAAGAAUGCACACUUGUUGAAUCACUAUUUCAUCUCCCGUACGUGCAAGCAUAUCACUCUUGCGGGAUUUUGGGUCCCAAAACGAUUUUAGCACAUUGUAUCCACCUAAACGAUUCCGAUCGUGAACUCUUAUCACGCACACAAACCUCCAUCUCACAUUGUCCUGUCUCCAAUUUCGCAUUAUCAAGUGGAAUAUGUAACGUCCGCGCUCUUUUAGAUGCCGGUAUUUCUGUUGGAUUAGGCACAGAUGUUGCGGGGGGGUGGAGUACCAACCUCUUGACCGCCAUCCGAAACGCUUUGAUUGCUUCCCGAGUUUUAUCCAUGCGAGAUGGAACGGUGCCAUUAUCGUUAGAGGAAGGAGUUUAUAUGGCUACAUUGGGCGGCGCGAAAACACUCGGACUGGACGCCCAAACAGGGAAUUUCGUCAAUGGGAAAUAUUUUGAUGCGAUUUUAGUGGAUUUGGAUGCGUGUGCGGAUGGACGGAGGGAUCAUUUUGCGAGUCGGUCUGUGGAUGUGUUUGAAGGUGAAGGUCCUCAAGAGUGUUUUGAAAAGUUUUUGUUUUUGGGAGAUGAGAGGAAUGUUGUUGAGGUUUUUGUUGCGGGGCGACGUGUUUUUUGUGUUGAUGAGUGAUACAAGUCGAUGAGGGAUUGGUUUAUGUUUUUUUUUGUAGUUGAUUGGGUGGUGUUUUUGGGAUUUUUGAUAGUCUAGAAUUUCCAAUAGAGUUGUUUAGAUUUUACUAGUAAUGACGGAAUGGGAGGAGUAGACCCCGAUUUGUUUUGCUUUUUUAGCUAAAGGUAUAUCGAUUUUUUGACAAGCUACAACCAAAAGAUGCCCAUUUACACAAAAC